UUUCCGGGCAACACGGUUCCAGCAGUAAACAUGGCGGAGGAACUGCUGGAAACAGUGGAGAGACUCCAGUCCCGGAUCCUGGACAAUCCGGAGCCCCGAAAGCUACUGAAGACUCUCAAGAGACUGGGGGAGGUGCCCAUGACUGUGGACAUACUGGUGGAAACUGGAGUGGGGAAAGCUGUGAACUCUUUUAGGAAACAUGAAGUCGUCGGAGAGCUGGCGAAAAGCCUUGUAGCCAAAUGGAAGAAGCUGGUUCCUCAGCCUGCAGACAGACCAAACAGUCACGCCAAAGACGCCUCCCGCUCGCACACAAUGGCUCAAGUGCACGAGUCAGGUAGUACAGGGGGCCACCGGCGCCACAGAGAGCCCUCCCCCGAGGAAGAGCCCUCGUACAUGCUGGAGGAGGAGGAUGAGGAGGAGCAGGAGCAGGAGGAGGAAGAGGAGGAGGAGGAGGAGAGAGGCUACCAUACCAACUACUCCCCAUCGCCUCCUCAGCAACACCAGUACAGCCCCCCCCAGCGAGGGGGCUACCAGUCAGACGAGUACGAGAGCCCCCAGCAGGAACCCGAGCCCAGCCCGCCUCCCCCGCCCCCCCAGCCUCCCCGCAAAGAUGUCCGCCACGCCAAACCCAGCAAAGACCCGAGCAAGAACCACCACCACGGCGACCGGAACAAGAGCAGAGACGAAGAGCGGCAGCAGCGCCACAGUCAGAUGAGCACCGACCGGGGAGGGGGGGACGACGGGAAGAAGUGCAGCGCAGACAAAGAGAGGCAGAAGAGUCCCGUACAGAAGGCUGCCAAGCACAGCAAGAAGUCCACGACGCACGACGGCAAGAGGCAGGAGAAGAAGAAGGGAGGAGACGACGGGCGAUCACGAGCACCAAAGGACUCGCCGCCAAAGGAGGAGGAGGACGACUUCGAGAUGCCCACCAUGUCCUUCGAGUCCUUCCUCACGUACGACGCCCCGACGCCCGUCAAGAAGAAGAAGAAGCCCGUGCCCUCGUCGUCGUCGUCACACGGCCGGCCUUCUCACUCGUCAUCCACUUCCUCGUCAGCGUCCCGCCACAGUCGCACAUCUCCGCCCGCCGCCUCCUCCUCCUCCUCCAAAUCAAACAAGUCCAACGGCGCCCAGAGCAGCAAGAGGCCCCAUUCAGACUCCAGUUCAUCGGCGGCGGCACCCAAACCGGAGAAACGCAAGAGGGUUGUUGAAGCUCUUCCCACUCUUCCUGAAAUCCCACUACCAGCAAUUCAGCCCAACUACAGACCGCUGCCUUCCAUCGAGACGCCGCUGUCCCCUCAGAGGCGCAAAGUUCCUGUCUUCAACGACGAGGAGGAUGCAGGCUUCACGGGGAAGCGCUUUAACUCCAAGAUGGUGGUCUACUCAGGGUCGAAGACCUCCUACCUGCCCAGGAUGAUGACGCUGUACGAGCAGUGCAUCCGUGUGCUGCAGAACAACAUCGACUCCAUCGCGGAGGUGGGAGGGGUGCCGUUCGAGAUCCUGGAGCCCGUUCUGGAGAGAUGCACCCCGGAGCAGCUGUACCGCAUCGAGCAGAGCAACCAGUGCUUCACGGAGGAUUCGGAUGAGCUGUGGAUGCGUCACUGUCAGCGGGACUUCAAGCGCGAGUCUCCUCAGGAGUUCGAGUCGUGGAGGGAGAUGUACCUGAGGCUGCACGACGAGCGCGAGGAGCGGCUGAGGAUGCUCACCCAGAACAUCAGUUCUGCUCACGCCAACAAGCCCAAAGGGCGGCAGGUGAAGAUGGCGUUUGUGAAUUCAGUGGCGAAGCCGCCGCGCGAUGUUCGCCGAAGACAAGAGAAGUUCGGCACCACCAGUUUGUCCACCGCCGCCUCCACCGCCGCCGCUUCUCCCAUUAAAGUAAGACCGGCGAUGUCAGACUACUCUGGCGAGUCGAGCCGCUCGUCUUCCUCUCAACCCUCCAUGGGCUCGUCUCGCUUCUCCGCGGCGAGCGGAGGAGGUGGAGGAGGAGGAGGAGGUGGUGGUGGUGGAGGAGGAGGAGGAGGAGGAGGAGGAGGUGGUCAACCUGCUGUCCGGGAAAAACCACAAGUCAAAAAAAUCGCCCCCAUGAUGGCCAAAACCAUCAAAGCGUUCAAGAACAGAUUCUCCCGUCGGUAGUAUUAGAGAGACAGAAUGUAUUUUAUCAAAUCCGGCUGUUUUUAACUUAAGUUUAACACCGUUUUACUGGAAACCCUCUUUGCCUGCACACACGACGCACAGCCUUCAUCCAGACCUUCCAGAUGUCACAUGAAAUUAUCAGUAUUGGUGGAAAAACGCUUUCUUCUUCUGUUCCAUUGUUUCGGGGAGGGGGGGGGGGUUACGUAUCGAGAACCCACAUCAUGGUCAAAUCCUGUUUCAAAGCCAAGUCACCAUCCUUUCAAUGUUGAAGUAACUUUAACCGGAGUGAUGUAAUCUGACUUCACCGGCAGCAGUUACACGAGUCGCUCAAAGACUGGAAACGAGCAGAACCGGCCCGGCCAAUCCGGCUCAGCAGAACCUCGACCAGCCUCAGAUUAACAUCUCGUCUCCUCUGUUUUAAACAUGGAUAUGAACUUGAACAUUAUUGACGUAUCGGCCAGGAUCAGUUGUCCCCGGCAACGGGUUUCCUCUCGUUGUGGAACCAGUACAGCUGCUGUUUUUAAGCCUCCGACAAGACUAAGAAACGUGGUUCUGUGGGAGUUGUGGUCCAAAUGGGUCCCUAAGGAGGAACCAGGGUCCUUUUAACUGUGACAAGGUACAAACAUGUAUAAAAAAGGGAUGUUUCUCCCCUUUCGCUCACUUAACCGCUGUCUUAACCUUGUACAUAGAAAGUACAGAUUUUCACGCCAGCACUCAAAGUAACACGUAUUCUUCCUCCCCUGAGUCGUGGUACUGAUCCAGUCCCAAGUACGCGGUGGUCUUUAACGCUCUUCUUCACAUCGCAUCUACUGAAAGAGGGAAAUAUGACAUUUGGUUGUCGGUUAGUAUGAAUUUAAGAUGAUAGCAACCUUAAACGUGCCUGGAAGCAACAUACCCAUGUUUUUACCCAUGAUUCAUCUGUAGGAAACAUAUCCACCCUCGUGCUGAAGUGGAACGACAUUUUUCAAUCUUGUCGGAGGUUUAAAAUAAGUUUCCUCUGAGCUAACACUAAAUCCUUUACGCUGCGACACAAAGCUUUCUUUCGUGACGGCGGUUUACACAUCUAAUAAUGGACUUCUAGUAAUAUUGCUUUUAAUUACAUUUAAUUGAUUUAAACAAAACAAAGAGACAGGCACAUCCUGCUAGGGAGAGAGGGGCGGAGUCAGGCCAAGCGGCUGACUCCGCCCCCAAAACCAGCUGCUAUAAACAGAACUGUAAACGUGUAGAAAAGGUCGUCUAUCGUACUGUAUCGCUGUGGUUUUCACAGACAUCUCACUUAGAUGAAAACAGGCCGUAAUAUCUCCCCCGAGCUUCAGUCUACCAGUUUCACCCGGGGCGACCGCGUUCCAAAGGAGCCCCAGAUUAACGCUGCAUAUCAAUGUUCAGUUUUUAUCCACUCACACUUCUCUGAUAGGAGAGCUUUCUGUACAUAGUCACGGUGAUGAGUUUUAAAAUGAGGAAAACAAACUGAAACGUGCGAAUCAAAUCAAUGAAAAGGCACUUAUUCAAAGUAGCUGUGAAGGCGGUGCAAUCGCCGUUUCGAGCCUUCAUGUUCCUUUUCUAAUUAUUUUUCUUUUGUAAUAAUGAAGGUACGAUGGAUACUGUGAUAAUCACUGCGUUUUGGAGGUUUGGGCCGGAUCCUGCUGAGCUGCUCUGUUUCCGUCUUUGUGAUGAGCUCAUAAGCUGCUGGCUGCAGCCUCGUCUUUAUCACACAACGAUCACAUCUCUGUUGUCCCAUUUAAUCCAAAAAAAGAGCAAAUAGGUACAUUUCCCAACAUGUCAAAAAUGAUUGAUGAUGAUUUUUAAUUUAAGGACCAGUCAGUUUUUAUUCUCCUUUUUGACCAAAUGACACUACAUUGGAAAACUUUCACACUUUCUCUGUUUUUGUCUUUUUAUUACAUGCAUGAUGCACAUUCGGACACUUGAGCUGCUGCAGAACUCUUCUUUUUUAGUCACCCUUUACUGCAGCACCACUUCUGGUCACAUGGGGUGGGGCACGGAUCUGCUGUGAUGACAAAAGAGCCACUGGCGACUCUGCGUCCUGUUAUACCACUUUGUUCUUCCAGAGGUGCACUUCCUGUCACAUGAACUUUCUUGUAAUAAUCGCCCCCCCCCUGUUUGGUCAGAAGUCGCGUUGCAACAUAAGGUGGCUUUUUAAAAAACAAAGAACGAAAGUAGGGAAAAAGAAAAACUCUGCAUACUAAUCAUGUUUGUGUGCAUUUUCAAUGUGUAAAAUGAAAUCAGAGACACACAUUGUUUUAACUCUCCUGUGGCUUCGGAUCAUGUUUUCCCUGCUGUUGAAUGUGUGCAACGCUGUUUUUAUCUGCUUCACUGUGACAAACGUUCGAUUGAGGGCCGACGAGUCUGUAGGAAGAACAAUAAGGAGGGAAGCUAAUAGGAUCCCUGGGCUUUUGUCGCCAUCAAGGUGAGAUGUAUUUAUUUUCAACAAUGGGACCUGGUACACCACAACAUGGGCCCCAAGUAGAUAAAAAAUGUAAUUUUAUUAGAUUUUAAUAAAUGUUAUAUGGUCAUUUUUAUUAAAAUUGACUUUUGCCCUUAA